AUGACAACCGGGAAUGCGGAAUCUGUGCAGGCCGCAGGCGUCAAGAGCCAAAAUGGGUUUGGAGAGGCUGAGACCAAUAAGCGACCAGCGUCUGGACCUAAGGGCUCCGGGCCAAAACGUCUUGCCGCUCUGAUUCUUAAGGCUCGAAGUGUUGACGGGCGCGCAACCUGCUCACCAGCGGACUCCCUGAGGCUUACGAAAAGCACAGUGGUCACUAUAACUGAGACCCUUUGGUCCCAACGGUACGACGGGGUAAGUACCCAGUUUGUACUGGAAGAUGGCGUGUACGGCACAGCGGCAUCUUCUCAGCCGAGCCGCCCAUCGCCGCCAUCGCCGGCGCUUCAGUCGUCCUCUGGCCUGCUAGGACUUUUUGCCCUGAGGCCGGCAGCCGCCAACGCUGCUGCCAGACCUACAAAUCUUCCGAACCAUGACCCACAGCAGCAGCAGCAGCAGCAGCAGCAGCACCAACAACACGUCUUUGUGGCCAACUUAGGCGUCGUAACGUCGACUGCCGUUGCCGGCAUCAACAGCAGCGGCGGCGCCGGCACCGCCGCCACCACCACCAGCCAAACCGCUAUCACGCCCAGCCCCAGUGCCGGCCUCCAGUCGCCAUUCACGACCAAUCGCACUCCCAUCCCAACCAUAUCGACCGGCACCGCAAUCGACGCUCAUGACGUGGCCCAUGCAGCCACGUCCUUCCAGCUCCAAAACCUGCCUUCCGCUCCGCUGCUGCCACCGCCACUACUGCCAUAUCCUCACGUCCAUGAUUCUCCGUUGCGGCGCUUGCUACGCCCGCGCACUGCACCCGCCGCGGGUUUGAAAACCCCGGGAGCCAGUCCUUUCUCUGCGCCGCCACUGCCGCCGCCAUCUGGAGGUCGUAACGCGACGGCAGCGCCGCCGCCGCUGCGAGAUAGCAACGGGGCGCUAGCAGCCGUGGUGGCCGGCGGCGGCAGCUUUGGAACCGUGGACCUCCAGCUCGCCCUGGCUCCGGGUUCGUCCAGCUCCGCUGGCGGCGGCGGCGGUGGCGGCCGGGGGACUGCGGGACAGGGGACUAGCACAGGGCUGAUCGGUCGCACUCUCGGCGAUAUGCCGGGACUUGACCUCCGGGGCGCGCCACACUACAUCGCGCUCAAUGAACCCGAUCCCGCAGUGCGCCACACGAUGGCGCCGAGACGGCUUUCUGCUGCCGCUGGCAGCUGCGGCGGAUUUUUGCAUGGUGGAAGCGGCGGAAGCGGCAUAACGGCCGCCGCCGCCGCCGUCGCGGCCGGUAUGAAGUCCAUCGGCGGCGGUGGCGAGGUUUUGGUUGGUGGAAGCGGCGGAAGUGGCAUAGCCGCCGCUGCCGCUUCCGUCGCCGCCGUUGCAGCACGCAUUAGCGGCAGCAGCGGUGGCGGCGGCCCCGCUACGGCGGCGCUGGUGGCGGCGGAGCGCGAGCUAGGUCUUAUCCGAGUCAGCAGUCUCAGUGAGCUUUGCGGGCAACUGGAGGGGUUGCGGUGGCUGGCCAGCGGCAGCAGUGGCCGUGUCUUUACGGCUCUGUGGAAAGGCAGCAUGGUGGCGGUCAAGGUGGUCAUCAGCUCCACCCAAGACCAGCUAAGGGACAACUCCAGGGAAGCCUUGCUGAGUAGAGUGGUCAGCCACCCGGCCAUAUGCCAGUGCUAUACCGUCUGCUCGGAAUGCAUAACGGUGGAGCAUUUGCAGGUGCCGCGACGGCACGGGCAAGCUCCGGUCCCCACUGCUGCCGGCAGCGGCGGCGGGACACGGAGCCGCCAUCCCGCCGCCUGCUCGGUCACCAUCUACACGGAUCCCACUGACAUUGUGGGCAGCCCACUGCCGAGCUUGACGCGUCCACACAUGCCAGCGCACAUGCACAUCAACAUGCAUGUACAUGCCCUCACGGAGGCGGUCCCGCCAGCUGACGGCAGCAGCGGCGGCGCCGACGGCCAAGGCAGUCGCCAAGGGUGGAGCCCCAUGAAAGCCUUUGAGAUGCGGCCGACGGCGGCACCGCCGCCACCGGCAACAGCGGCUGUGGCAACGUGUGAGGGGGCCAAACCAGGCGAGGUGGCGCACAACACCUUGUACAGGCAACAGGACUUUAUAGCGCAGGAUGCCGUGAUGUCGCCCGACUGUGCCGCCGCGGUGCCGUCGGCGCUGUCACAGCAGCCCCAGCCCCAGCAGCUAGCGGCGUCGGACAGAGCCGUACCGGGUAGCGGUAGCGUGGCCCGGGCUACGAGCCAGCCGGGAACCACGCCGCUGCCCAGCCGCGUUGCACUGUUACCUGUAUCGGAGGAGCUGGAGAGGCUGAAGUUUGGGCGAGGGCAUAACUUUUCGGAGCACAGCCUGACGGGGUUGGUCAAUGGCGAAACGGUGGAGAAGGGUGUGGCGACGGCGGAGGAGAAGGGUGUGGCGACGAAGGGUUUGGGGUGCUGCAGUGACUGCACCGCCGCAGCUGUCGGACACCUUUGUGGAGGAGGAAGCAGCGUCACGGCCGGGGCGCCCUGCAAGGCCGUCUGCAGUACCAAUGCUGCUGCCGUCGCUGGCAACAGCAGCAGCAGCAAUUUUCCGUAUCCUCUGGAGGUCCAAAUUGUACGGGACGCCGGCGGCUGCAGUGGUGGUGGCGUUGCCGCCGGUGCCUACGUGGUCUCAUCUCUCCUAGCCUGGAACACGAUCCCCGCGGCUCACGGGGGGUCGUACACGCCGGCUGACGAGGACAAUAACCCGGCGACGCACUCGUUGCCAGCCGUACUGCUAUCCAUGGGUGCAGUACCGGGUAGAUACUGUACCAUUGUCGUACUGGAGUGGUGUAACCAAGGUACCCUGCUCCAAGCCAUCCGCACUCGUCCAUUCAACCCCGAGCGGUCCCCGGACAACCAUGCGGGACUGCUGGUGCUACUGAGAACCGCUCUGGAAAUAGCCCAGGGUAUGAGGUACCUCCACUCCUUGGAUAUUGUACACGGCGACCUGAAGCCCAGCAAUGUGCUCCUACAGUCCCACGUGGCGCCCUCCUCCUCCCUCUCGGCUUUUGGCGGCUCGUCUUCGGCUGUGUGGGCCGCUGAUAUGCGGGGCUACGUGGCCAAGGUGGCCGACUUUGGUUUGGCGAUGCCCGCACACCACAACAGCGGAGGGGGUGUGCUGGGUGGUGGUGGUGACCCGCUGGGGGGUGGAAUGGAGAUCCAUUGGGGGGCUCUGGCGUACUUGGCGCCGGAGGUGCCGGAGGCCGGACCCAGCAAGAAAUCCGACGUGUACUCGUACGGCUGUUUGCUGUACCACAUGUGUACGGGCAAGCAGCCAUUCCAGGGUAUCCGCCAGGGCCGUUUGCUGGUGGGUUUGGCCACCGGUGUGCUGUUCCUUCAGUGGCCUGACAACAUCUACAAGGUGCUUCGUCGCCUGGGCGAGGCUUGCUGCUCCCCAAACCCGCGAGACCGACCCUCGUUUGAUAAAGUGGUGGAUGCACUGCAACGGACCAUCAGCUACGUGGUGCGGUCUCCUCAUCCCAACUCGGAGCUGAGUCGUACGGGUCAAGCCGAGGCGCUAGGUUCCUCCACAAGCACUACAGAGGCAGAGGCUGCAGCAGAGGCGGCUGCAGCGGCCUCGGCAUGGCGGUCGGCGAUUGUUGGUUUGGGGCAAUUUGGUUCUGCGAGUCCCACGGCCCGUGGGCCACGCCCGUGA